AUGUAUUAUCCUCCACCUGAGGGCCCCAGACUUCGGGGAAUAACUAAACCCCGCACUCUGACUCCGCUCGCCAAUCAACAGAGCGCAACGCCUCCACCUCCGCUCCUGGCAGAAAGCAUCCGGUCCUUCUUACCUAGUUGGACAUGUACAACUCAUGUGUUCCAAGCUGAAGCACCUCGGGAAAGUAUGCCACCAGGUCCAGGCAGUCAAACAGUUGUACCAUCUGGAUUAAAUGGAUUUGAGCAACAGGCCAUUGCUGACGCCAGGUUCGAGGAGAUCACAAAACUCAGAAAAUACAUCAGUUCAGGACGCAAAGAGCUCUCUAUGAAUGACUCUACUAUGUGGAGCGUUGCAGAUCGGUACGCUCCGGAAAGGUCUUGUACGGGCAACAGUAUAGGGGUGACCGUCGUGCUCUUUCAUGCAGGCGGGUUUCAUAAAGAAAUAUGGGAAACUACCUUGCGAUACCUGUUGUCAAUGCCUCAAGGUCAAGCAAAUGUGGAUGAAAUCUGGAGUCUCGACGCAGCGAAUCAUGGAGACAGUGCGCUUAUCAAUAAUAAGAGCCUAGGAGAAACAUUCAAAUGGUCUGUCCAUGCACGAUACAUCCUCAAGUUUCUUGGAAACUACCUCCCCGAUAGAACCCAAAACGGCGUACUCCAAUGGAACCUUGAACGAAUAUCCAACCAAAAUGCUUGGGAGCGCUUUGAACGCAGUUUCAAGGAUCAAGACUACGUCCAAUACGGAACAGGCAAAGAUGAACAUCGUGUCAAACUGAAAUAUUCAGGAUAUCAGGAAGCAACUACGUUUAAUGAACUUGGACGAUUACCCUGCAAGGUUUGGGAAAUGCUUCCGAUGCUGGAUCAACGCAUACCAUUGAAGUGGAUCAUGGACUCGACCAAUGGUGACGUGUCCGGCGGACGGGAAUCUGCACAACAUGUUGUUUGGCCCUGGGCUUCUAACUCUACCAACAUACAAAUUAAAGGCGCAGGUCACAUGAUACCUCAGGAAGCGCCCAAAGAGCUUGGUUCGUAA